AUGGAGGCGCCGGUCUGUGUACCUCCGCUCUCCCAAACAGACCUCACCAAAGUCGCAACAGAAACCGCCGAGUCAUUUAUCGACACCUACUACACUGCCCUCAAAACAGCUGGUGGUCGCAACACCAUCGCCUCUUUCUACUGCCCACCCUUCGCAGGAACCACACCCUCCAGGAACUUGCCCAUCAUCAACUACAACGGUGACUUGACGAACGAUCCACAACUCUUCCAGAAGAAGUACUCGGAGAUGCCAUACACACAUUUCGAGGUGCAGAGUCUCAACAGUCAGAUCAUCAAUCCAAGCUUGGACCCUGAAGUUGCAAAGGAAGGGCGGAAGAGGGACCUAGAGAGGAACGUCAGUAUCGGUGUGCAAGUCAGCGGCUAUGUGAGACUGAACGAGAGGAAGGAGGGAGAGCUCAGAGGAUUCAGCGAGGAGUUUGUGCUUGUGCCAGGCAAGGAACCUGCGGGCAAGGGCAGGCCCUGGGUGAUUCAGAUGCAGAACUUCCGGUUCGUGGUAUGAGAGAGCCUGCAGGAUAGAGAUUCAGAUUGCCUGGCAUGGAAUCUCAUGAAAAAGGAUAUGGAAAGGCAUGGGGAAGGAGCCUUGCUACGGCGCUAGAUAUUGAUCAUACAAUGGACGCCCGAGAGAGCUGGCCAGUGAGGCAAGCUGUGGAAAUGGACUACGCAUGAAUUGCGUUUGGGACUUUGGGAAGCAUUGCAGACAUGAAGCUGAAGCUGAAGCGCUCAGUUUCCACUGCCUAGUCAUGCAGAGAUAUGCUACGUCUAAGGAGAGCGCGGCAUUUGCGGUAGCAUAAGUUCCGCUUCGCAGCAGUAACAGUUUCCGAGGCUGCAUAAUGGCUACCAUAAAAGGAGGACACGAGGACAUUACCAUGAGCAUACAUGUACAUGUAUGUCUAUCAUCAAAGUUAUGUCUCAUGGCGCAGGCUACCAGCUGGAUGGGAUGGGAUCUCGUGCUCAGGCAAGGAACGGGACCUCCGCACGAAUAGCAGCAUGUUUGUUGCGCCUCUAGGAUCAUCCAACUGGGACACUUUUCCUCAUUUACUGUUGAAACAUGCGUGAGAACUCGGUCUUGAGCAUUGUGAUCACGUAGUAAUGACCUCAGUUGGAACAUGAAGCGCCUCCUGAAAGUGGUUGCCUCCCAUCGUGGAAUUCAGGAUAAACAUGGCAUAGACGACGCGCGCACGAUUGGCGUUGCACUGAAAACUGCUUGAGGCUAACCUCUUCUUCUCGCGGUCCUUAGUCCUAGCGACUUGUCGACCAAGCAGUGGAGUAAUCUGCCGGCGGAUAAAGAGAUUGGAGACAGAAUCAGUAGCUCCUGGCGGGGCUCACACAGACCGCUCACUUGGACCGGUGAAUGUACCGCGAUUGAGUGAACCGAUCUCAACAGUCAUGCGGUUGAAGCUGGAGCUAG